UCGCCAAAAGGUAAAUGAAGAAGCCAUUUGAAGUUGGGCUUUGAGCUGGGAAGAAGGGCUUGGUUCAAGAAUGGCCAAAUGCGAUUUGUGCCAUAAGAUUUUCGCCAGUUCCAAGAACUUGGCUCGACAUUUGGACAGUCACAGUGGCCUGGGGCCGUAUCCGUGUCACAAAUGCGACAAGACGUACAUGCAAAAGGUCUCGAGGACCCGACACAUCCUGACCGUGCACAUGAACAUCCGCUUUAAAUGCGACGUGUGCGAGAAAACCUUUGCUCAACAAGGUCAUUUAGAACGCCACAAGGCCAUUCAUCUGGCCAACAGUCCAUUGAAAUGUAAAAUCUGCGACCGUCUCUGUCCGGAUCGUCAUCGUUUAAAGACCCAUGAGUACUCGCAUCUGGCCAAAGGUUACUACCAAUGCCCGGAUUGCGACCGAUCCUAUUCCCAUGCCAACUCCUUGAGCUAUCACGUGAACACGGUUCAUAAGAAUAUUCGGCCUCACCAAUGCAAGAAGUGUCAAAAAGGCUUCGGAUCCUCAUCACACCGCUCUCGUCAUGAGAAGAGUUGUCGACGUGUAUGAAUGCAUUACAGAAAAUAUAUGUGUAGUUCAAUUUUA